CAAUGGUAUGGCCCCAGCCCCUCCCCAGACCGCAGAGCUGUUCUGGUUAGGGCCCUGGUUUCUGCAGCUCCAGGUGGGCCAGUUCUCUACUCUAGCACCCCCAAGGGUGCCUGGUGGCCACUGUCAAUGCCCCUUGUGGACUGCCUUUACUUUUCUCCCUCCCUUCCAGACACAGGGUACUGAACUUGGUACCCCCGGAGGCUCUUCUGGUUGGCCUCAGGUGCACCCCCUUAGUUACCUUUUGUGACGGGAGUUCCCUUGGGAAGUCAGCGUCUCAAGGACCCACCAGUGAGUCCCAGGAGCCCUGCCAUGUCUAGACACAGAGGAGGAAACCAAGAUGGCUGGCAGUCCCUUGGCCAUGCAGCCUGGGCAGCCAGGCCACUCACUGCGCCCUGGUAAUUGAAGCCAGGAAGGCUGGAGAGUACUGCGGGUUGAACACAAGGUGUCCUUCAUGCUAGGCAAGCGCUCUACCAUUGAGCUAUCCCAGUAGUUCCGACGCUGUGGUCCUGCUGCCCGGUUUAGAAUACGAGCAGUCUCCAUUCCACAGACCUCGGCACCAGACAUCUUCCCUGUUGCCUCUGUGAAAGACCAUCUAUUCCAAGACUGCGGGGGAGAAGGCAGAAGCCAGAAGGUGAAGUGCUUUGCCAGACUCAUACUGGAACCGGGAUUCAGAGUUCCAGAGACUAUGCUUUUCCUCAGACUCACGGACUAAACAAAGCCAAGGAUGACUUCUCGGGAUCAGCUGGUGCAGCAGGUGCUGCGAGAUCUGCAGGAGGCAGUGGAGUCCGAGGGCCUGCAAAGUCUCACCAGUGCCGCCGUGGAGGCCAAGCGGGUCCUGUCUUCCUUCACCCUCCCCAUCUGCCAGAAGGGUGGCCCUGGGCCCCAGGUGCUGGAGGUGGACUCUGUGGCCCUGAGCCUGUACCCAGAGGAUGCCCCUCGGAACAUGCUGCCCCUGGUGUGCAAGGGCGAGGGUAGUCUGCUGUUUGAAGCAGCCAGCAUGCUGUUGUGGGGGCACACCGGUCUCAGCUUGGAGCUGCGGGCCCGCACUGUGGUGGAGAUGCUGUUGCACAGGCACUAUUAUCUCCAGGGCAUGAUCGACUCCAAGGUGAUGCUGCAGGCUGUACGCUACUCCCUGUGCUCCGAAGAGUCCCCCGAGAUGACCAGCCUGUCUUCCGCCACGCUGGAGGCCAUCUUUGAUGCAGAUGUCAAGGCUACGUGCUUCCCUACCAGCUUCUCCAACGUGUGGCACUUGUACGCCCUGGCCUCCAUCCUUCAGCGCAAUAUCUACUCCAUCUACCCCAUGCGCAACGUCAAGAUCCGACCCUAUUUUAACCGCGUUAUCAGGCCUCGCCGCUGCACGCAUGCGACCUCCAUGUUGCACAUCAUGUGGGCUGGCCAGCCCCUCACUAACCACCUCUUCCGCCACCAGUAUUUUGCCCCCGUGGUUGGGUUGGAAGAGGUGGAGGCUGAUGGUACUGCUACCCUGAACCCCACUCCUCCGGUCCUGGGUUCUCUGCGACCACCAGCCGAAACCCUGGAGCUGCUCAACCGGGAACCUGGCCUCAGCUACUCCCACCUCUGUGACCGCUCCGGCAUCACCAAGAGCACCUUCUACCGCUGGCGGCGGCAGACCCAGGAGCACCGGCAGAAGGUGGCCACCCGCUUCUCUGCCAAGCACUUCCUGCAGGACAGCUUCUACCGUGGGGGCCUUGUGCCACUGCAACAGUUCCUGCAGAGAUUCCCUGAGAUCUCCCGUUCUACCUACUAUGCCUGGAAGCAUGAGCUGCUGGGCUCUGGUGCCGAUUCAGCCUUGGUCCCGGCUGCUCCAUCCGGGGAGGCACUGGCUGGGCCAGGGCUGGAGAGCCUGCCAGGGAAGAAGGCUGCUGAGGGACCGGGGCGCUCCUCCCUGGCUGCGGGGGUGUCAAGCCCUAGCGUGCUCUUUAUGCAGCGCGCCAAGUCGUACCUGGAACACUGCAUCUCUCUGAACAAACUGGUACCCUAUCGCUGCUUCAAAUGCAGGUUCCCUGGCAUCUCGAGGUCCACCUACUACAACUGGAGGCGGAAGGCCCUCAGGAGGAGCCCCAGUUUCAAGCUGGCCCCAGACCUUGCAACCGCUGAGUCUCCAACUCCAACAGAUGUUGGGGACAGGGCCCUGCUCCCGUUGAAGGAUGAGGUGGGAGAAGAGGGGACAGGGAAAGCAGGAGGUGGAGGCCCCCCUGUUUCCCAGGGGCUCGUUUCCACAAGGAUGCCCCUGUCCCGUUGGCAGAGGCGACUACGCAGGGCUGCCCGCAAGCAGGUGCUGAGUGGGCACCUGCCUUUCUGUCGCUUCCGCCUCCGCUACCCUAGCCUGUCACCCUCCACUUUUUGGGUAUGGAAAAGUCUUUCCCGGGGAUGGCCCAGGGUGCAGGCCUCCUCUUUGGGCCAAAGGAGGCAGGAGCCAGAUGAAGGGCCGGGGUCUAAUGAGUGGCGGGAGGAGAUGGAAGCCGUUAAGAAGGUAACAUCUGCCGUGGUUCCUCAGGUGGAGACCCUGCCAGGGGUUGCUUCUGCAGAAAACACUCCAGAAGAUGCCCAGGGAGGUCCUUCUCGAGUAGGGCUCAUUCAGGAGACACCUAUGAGCCAGGGCCAACCCCACAGUGGAUUCCUGUCAAGCCAGGCUGUGGCAGCAGCAGCAGGUGGCAGGGAUGGCCAGGUGCUGGUGAUGGACAUGCUUACCACCACCAGGUUCAAGGCCCAAGCCAAGCUGUUCCUGCAGAAGCGCUUCCAAUCCAAGACUUUCCCCUCCUACAAGGAGUUCCAAGCCCUCUUCCCCCUCACUGCCCGCUCCACCUACUACAUGUGGAAGCGGGCCCUCUUUGAAGGCCUCACGCUGGUUGAUGGCUGAUGAAGGGGAGACCUGAGUUGUCCCCUGACUUGGCCAGGAUGCCCUUUACUCUUCUUGUCUUCCAUAAUUUCCCGGUUUGGGAUGGAAAUGUGGAAGUCAGCCACCUAUUCUAACGAAAGCUACAGGAGUGCCGAUGGACUCUUCGGGUGUUGGCUCGUCAUAUAUUUUUUUAUUGUGUUUAGUAUUUUUUUUUUCCAUUAAAGUGGGUUGGCAGGACCCCCUUGCCAGUGGAAGUCACUCAUGAUUGUGCCCAAGCCCUCUGCAGCUUUUCCUGGCCCCACAAAGAGUAUUACAGCAUGGCCAUGUAUCUUCUGUCAGGCAGAAUAUAGCUUUACUUUUUUUAGGGUGAUGUCCUUUUUUCCCCAAAGAUGUCUUCUAAAGAAACAAGAAAAUUGAGUGUGAGGCAGGUGUGUGGCUUUGUCUCCUGCCCCCAGGGGAGAAGGUGCCAGACUCUUCACCAUCAGCAGCAGCAGCUGGACUUCAUAGAACAAACCAUGGUAGCCUCUAAGCUGGGGAAGGCCCCUAGGCACUGGAGACCCUGGAGAGGAAGGAAGGCCUGUUCCCUCUCUUGGGGAAGAGGUCUCUGCCAGUCCUUGCCAGCCUGGCUAGCUGUUGAGUCUCAUCCUUGGCAAGGAGCCACAAGGUUAUAAAGGCUGAUGGGUGGCUGAGUUUUCAUUGUCCAACAGCAAAGUUGGGCAACCAAAGAAAUAAAGUGAUGCCUUGCUCACA